AUGGAUCAAAUUUCGCCUAAGAUUUUGAUACCGGAAUCAUUUCAAGGAAACGGCUAUGACAUUACAGGGCAAAUUGGGCUAAUAUGGGAGCUAAUCAAAGCGCCAUUGAUAGUUCCUCUGCUGAGACUCGGUGUGUAUAUCUGCUUGGCUAUGUCGUUGAUGUUGUUCAUGGAGCGAUUAUACAUGGGAAUUGUCAUUAUUUUGGUGAAAAUGUUCUGGAAGAAACCCGAAAAGCGUUACAAAUUCGAGCUUAUACAAGAUGAUGUUGAAGCAGGAAGCUCGAAUUUCCCUGUGGUUCUUAUUCAAAUCCCAAUGUACAACGAGAGAGAGGUCUAUAAAUUAUCGAUUGGAGCAGCUUGUGGACUUUCAUGGCCGGCAGAUCGCCUCGUGAUCCAAGUCCUCGACGACUCAACUGAUCCGACCGUCAAGCAAAUGGUGGAGCAAGAGUGUCAGAGGUGGGCGAGUAAGGGUAUUAAUAUAGUGUAUCAAAUCAGAGAAACCAGAGGAGGAUACAAAGCAGGAGCUCUAAAAGAAGGAUUGAAGAGAAGCUAUGUGAAGCAUUGUGAAUACGUCGCCAUUCUCGAUGCUGAUUUCCAACCAGAGCCUGAUUUCUUAAGAAGAAGCAUCCCCUUCUUGGUCCACAAUCCUGACAUCGCUCUCGUUCAAGCUCGAUGGAGAUUUGUGAAUGCGGACGAGUGCCUGUUGACCAGAAUGCAAGAGAUGUCGUUGGAUUAUCAUUUCACUGUGGAGCAAGAAGUUGGGUCAGCCACUCAUGCCUUCUUUGGUUUCAAUGGGACUGCUGGUAUCUGGAGAAUUGCUUCCAUCAAUGAAGCAGGAGGGUGGAAGGACAGAACCACAGUGGAGGAUAUGGAUCUUGCAGUUCGGGCUAGUCUUAGAGGCUGGAAGUUUGUGUACCUGGGUGAUCUUCAGGUGAAAAGUGAACUUCCUAGUACCUUCAGAGCCUUCCGAUUCCAGCAGCACCGAUGGUCUUGUGGCCCUGCAAAUCUCUUCAGGAAAAUGGUGAUGGAGAUUGUUAAAAACAAGAAAGUCAAAUUCUGGAAGAAAGUGUAUGUGAUCUACAGCUUCUUCUUUGUCAGAAAGAUCAUAGCCCACAUGGUCACCUUCUUCUUCUACUGUGUUGUGCUUCCCCUCACCAUUUUGGUUCCUGAAGUUCAUGUUCCUAUCUGGGGAGCUGUUUAUAUUCCUUCCAUCAUCACUAUUCUCAACUCUGUGGGAACCCCAAGGUCAAUUCACCUCUUAUUCUACUGGAUCCUUUUCGAGAACGUGAUGUCAUUGCACCGGACGAAAGCAACCUUGAUUGGUCUUCUUGAAGCAGGGAGAGCCAAUGAAUGGGUUGUCACUGAAAAACUAGGGGAUGCACUCAAGAAAGCUGAGGCAGCCAAGAAGGCAAAUACCAAAUCACCCAAACGCAUUACCAGACUCUUCAAAUUGCCUGACAGACUCAACACAUUGGAGUUGGGAUUUGGAGCGUUCCUCUUCUGCUGUGGAUGCUAUGAUUUCGUUCAUGGAAAGAACAACUACUUCGUAUACCUGUUCCUGCAAACCGUGACCUUCCUCAUCACAGGAUUUGGAUAUGUUGGUACAAUCAUCCCCAGCUAUUAAAAUUUACCAGUCCAUACACCCAAAAAAUGUAUGUAUAAGCGGGCUCUGUCACCCAACAUUAUUUGAUUGCGCCUAUUACUAUUUUCAACUCAUUUAAAACAACAAAAAUAGCUCAAUAUUCAACAUGUUCAUCACAAAGUUUUUGAUGUCCCUUCUUCACCCUUCAACAAAAAGGGAAAAAAAGAAAAGAACAGAGUCGGAUGAAAUUAGCCAAGAGAACCAAGAAA